CCUAGCCAAUAGCUUAUUAUAUGAAUUGCAUUUGAGAGUGUCAUGUCGGAUAGCUCCCAAUAUUAUACAGGUUAUGUUGCCCUGAAAAUUAAUAACAUAACAAUCACUAAUUGCGUUGUGAGUCUGAAUCGAAACGCAGCUUUUUCAUAGCUUGUUAUGACUCAUAACGUCUGCGGUUACGAGAUGAUGCUGAACGAUCCAUUUGUCGAAUGAAUUCAAACAUAUUGGUAUUGCGUUUUUGACAAGCCAGAUACAUUUAUGAAUAAUAAAGCUAACACGUUUAAAGUUGUGUAGUGCAAACACUUGGGAUGAAAUGAUCAAAAACGCUAAUAUAUAUAAUUAGAUAAAAUCAAUGGAGAUGCAAAAUAUCUUGAGAUUAAUGGCCAUAUUCUUUCUUCUCAAUGCUGCAAAAACUGUUGCUUUAUCUUUUUCAUCUCCGUCUUUUUCUCCGAUCGUCAUUCGGGCUAAGUAUGAAGACAGUUAUCCAAAAAUCAUAAAUUCCACUAUCGAAUAUGUGUUUUUGUAUCCUGCCAGCAAUAUAUCCCUGGAAACUGCAAGAAUAAAAGUAGAAAGCAACGCUACUCAUAGUUUACCAUUGAUAGUGGUAGUGCGUCAAACAACAGGUAUUCUGUCCUGGCAAAUACCUUUGUUAGUCGCUGGCACAGAUUUUGACACUGUGAUAUAUAAUAAGACAAGUCGUACUCUGUGCUCCACCAAGUAUUAUCGAUAUUCGCGAAAUAAUGAAGAAUUUGUCAUUGUUGGUAUCUCAACAGCGAGUUAUGAAAAUAUCUUUUUCAAUAUCAGUGUAGUAGAAGUGACAGACUUUUAUUUAAGUUCCGGAAAUAAAGUAGAAGUACAGAUAUCUCCAUCUGAACCUAUAUAUUAUGGCUACAUCUUUUCGAAACAAGAGAAUUCCUCCGUUAUUGUUCGCGUUGAAUCAGACAAUGAUAUCUGCAUGACUGUGUCUGUACAAAAUACAUCGUGUCCUGUAUUUGAUUUGGAACGAAACAUUGAGUUUUCUGGACAUUGGCAGACUGUGAGUAGAAGAGGCGGUAUCACAGUACCGAGAGAGGCUUAUCCAUCAGGAUUCUUCGUUGUACUUGUCGUUAAGGGUGAAGACAGUGACUGCAAUGGGCUGUCUAGUAAUAAUCCUCUUCGUAUUAAAAACGUUACGUUAAUCGUGAAUCCUACCAUUACCAAACGAGACUAUGUUAUUGCAUCGGCGUCAGCAGUGGCGAUAGUAUUAGGUUUUUGUAUUUUUUACAUCAUAGCCGUGAUAGUAUACAGUAUCAGAGAAAGCAAAAAACUUGCAAUGCAGGAACCGAUUAAUGAGCAAAGUCAAGACGUUAAUGAAUACGCGCCGAGUCCAUCGAUGGUAGGAGAGAAUAGUUCAAAACAAUGGGAUUCAGUCGAGGAGGAUUCAUCCCUGGAUGAGGAUGAUAUAGAUCUGAUGGAGGAUGCUCUCUCUGAUAAAGACGUAAUACGAACGAAGAAAAUCCUCUCUGUUUGUGAUCUUGCUCGCAAGGAUCCGAGGAUACUUCGACAUAAAUCUCGCUUAUAUCUAUAUUACUUGGCAACCGUCGCGAUAUUCUAUACAUUGCCAGUCGUGCAGCUGGCGGUAACGUAUCAGCGUGUGCUUCAUACAACUGGAAAUCAAGAUAUGUGUUACUACAAUUUCUUGUGUGCCCAUCCAUUGGGUCUACUUUCCGAUUUCAAUCAUGUGUUCUCAAAUUUCGGAUAUGUUACGCUAGGUUUACUAUUUAUAUUUUUAACUUCCUCUCGCGAGCACAAUGAGCUAGAUAAAGAAAAAGUCAAAUGCUACGGCAUACCGCAACACUACGGUCUAUUUUACGCAAUGGGCACUGCAUUAAUAAUGGAAGGCAUAUUGUCGGCGAGUUAUCAUGUGUGUCCUAGCCGUAGUAAUUUUCAAUUCGACACAAGUUUUAUGUAUGUGAUCGCAGUGCUGUGCAUGAUCAAAAUUUAUCAAAAUCGCCAUCCCGAUAUAAAUGCCAGAGCGCCGGUAACAUUUGGAAUGUUAGCUGUUAUAAUAUUCGCAGGGUUGAUCGGAGUUCUAAAUGGUUCCAAAUGCUUUUUAAUAAUAUUUUCUAUUUUGCAUUUGCUAAUCUGCUUCUUUCUAACUGUACAAAUAUAUUAUAUGGGGCGAUGCAAAUUCAAUCGAAGCGUUUUUAAGAGAGUAAUACUGAGAUUCAAGCAUGAAGCACGCUGCGGCAUAUGGCACUUAUUGCGGCCACUUUAUCCCGCAAGAUUCAUAAUGCUCGUGUUAGCAAACAUGUGGAAUGUUGGUCUCGCUGUAUAUGGAAAUAUGUAUCAAGAGGGCAAUUUCGCUACGUUUUUAUUGGCUAUAUUGAUGUCCAAUUUAAUUUUAUAUACAUUCUUUUACAUUAUGAUGAAGCUUUGUCACAGAGAACGGAUUCUUCUCAUACCUGGGAUUUACAUCAUUUUAUCUAUGGUAUUCUGGGGAGCAGCUCUGUACUUCUUCGUAAAUAAAACUAUUUCUUGGGCUCUUACACCAGCCCAAUCUCGCCUUUACAAUAAACCUUGCGCGUUAUUGAACUUUUUUGAUUCUCAUGACAUUUGGCAUUUUCUUUCCGCAUUAGCCAUGUUCUUUUCAUUUAUGGUAUUACUCACUUUGGAUGAUGACCUAAUAGAUGUACAUCGGAGUCAGAUACCAGUUUUUUGA